GAUAUGCGCUGAGGCAGCGCUGAAGGUUGGCAGUCUGGAUGUGGCCCAGGACUGCCUGGAGCGCUACUUCCUAGAGCAGCGCAGGUACGGCCAGGGCAUGGCUCCAGUGGAGGUUCGCGACCAGUACCUGUGUCGGGCGCACUUUGCGCGGGGGCUGCUGGUUUCGGAGCGCUCCAAGGGGCUCAAGGGUCGUGCUCUGGUGGACGGCACCCUGGAAUCCGUGUCCCACGUCAUGGCGGGACUGGAGGUGGCAGCAGCGAACCCAAGGUACCAGUUCCUGGUGUACAACGCCUCCGUGCACCACUGGCGGGUGGCGGCGCCGCUGCACCGGGACGGCCUGCGCACGCACCUGCUGCCCUCCACGGACAAGGUGGUGCAGGCCCUGGACAAGGUCCCGGGUCACGACGAGUGGAAGGUCCGCUGCUACACCGCACUAGCCCUCUGCCAGUCGGACGCAGCAGCAGCGGCGGCGGCAGCAGCACCCGCCUCAGGAGGUGGCGGCGGAGGGGGAGGGGGAGGGAAGGCUGCGCGUGAGGCUGCUGCCGCCGGCGGUGCGACGCAUGAGGACGCGGCUCGGACGCUGCAACGGGCGUACGACACUGCGGCUGCUGCCAAGCUUUCGGAGCUGCAGCGGGACGUGGCGAGGCUGCAGGUACACCUCACCACACUCGCCUCCACCGCGAGCGGCAAGGCUCCCAAGGGCGGCGCGGGCGGAGGUGCCUCCGCCGCGCCUCCGCCCCCCAGUGCCAAGGGGGGCAAGGGGGUGGUGCGGCCGGCGGCGGGUGGCGGGGCGGGCGCGCUGGAUGAGGAGGGGGCCAUGCGGCUGAUUCAGUCGGUGCUGACGGGCAGACCCGACCGGGCCGUGGCCGAGCACCAGCUGCGCGAGGCGGUGGCCAAGGUGGACCCCAAGCCCGAGGGCCCCGUGAAGGGCGCCCUGCUGCGCCCCGUCAGCAGGGCCGCAUGGGCUGCCGCACGCGCGGGGCUGCCCUCGCUGGCGGAGCGGUGGGCCAGCCGGGCAGCCGCCUCCUCGGACAGCGGACCACGGACGUGGUCGGACAUGACGCGGGUGCUGCUGGCGUUGCAGUCUCUGGGCCCCACGGGCGACACCUCGCUGGCCCCCGCGGUGGUGGCGGCGCACGUCAAGGCGCUGGAGCAGCUGGAGGACUGCCUGACCACCUUCACCAAGCUGGCUGACGUGGAGGGCAUCCACGCCGCCGCCCGCCUGGCCUGGAACGCGGGCCUGCUGCUGCUGCAGCCGCCGCUGCGGCGCCACGUGAAGCGCGCCUUCAACGCCGCGGCUCGGGCGCUGGCGGUGGCGGCCUCCCCGCUGACGAGGUUGCGGGCGGCGCUGCACCUGGAGGCGGCCAAGUGUGAUGCGGCGGAGGAGGCGUUGAUCAAGGCGGGUCAGGAGGUGGGCAAGGCACUGGCCCUGGACUACCUGCCGCCACCCGCGGAGGCGGCUGCGGUGCCCUGGCUGCAGCGGCCGCUGGACAGGUGGGCGGUGCCGCUGGCUCGGGCGCUGGCGCUGAGGACCAGUGCGGAGCCGGCUAACCCCGAGGAAGAGGCUGUGUCCCUCAUCGAACGCAGCAAGGAGAGCCGCAACCCCGCCAUCAAACUCGACCUCCUCGCACGAGCCCGCGAAAAGCUGCGAGACCUGCCGCUGCUGCUGCCGCCCGCGCCCACCGACCCGCCGGGUCGCGAGCGUACGGCAGCCCACGAGGCGGCGCGGCGCCGUACGGUUGUGUGGGCUGAUCUGGUUCGGUCGGCUGCUGCCAGCCGUAUGGACGAGCAUGUGUUGGCGGCGGUGCCGUACGCGCUUGCCAUUGAGUGGAGUCCCGCGGUGGAUCGGGAGAUGGUUCUGAUGCAGUCCCAGCUGAGCUACCUGGAGGCGGAGGCCGCCAUCUCCGAGCUGCGGCAGCAGCACCUGGACCUCACGCCCCCGCCGCAGCCCGCACCGCCCCCCCUGGAUGCGGAGGGUGUGCGGCAGCCGCCCGCCUCGCCGCAGCAACUGCAGGAGCUGGUGGUGAUGGCCACCGUCAGCGCCAUGCGCGGCGCCGCCUCCGUCUCCGAGCCCUGGCUCACCAUCAACGGCGCCGUACAGCUGUACAACGCCGCUCUGCCUUGCAUGCAGCAGCACCGCUACGCCGACCUCUACCGCUGGCUGCGACCCACCGCGGAGGCGCUCAUGACGCUGAAGCCGGCCGACAGCGACGGACCGUUGGCGGUUGCGAUUGCGGAGGCGCUGUGUCGAGCGGCGGAACACCGGCUGCUGCUGGCGGCGGCGGCGGCCAGAGCGGCGAGGGAGGAAGAUGGAGAAGAUAACGAGGAAGACGGCGAUGGCUUCGGUGGCAGCGGCGGCGGAGCCAGCGGAGGCGGCGUGUACGGCAAGGAUAACGACGGCGACGGCAGCGCCGCCGCCGCCGCCGCCGUUCCCGUACACCCCGGAGACGCCGGCGCGCACUUCAACCGCCGCAGCCGGGGUUACCUGCCGCUUCCAGAGGCGCGUGUGGCGGCGUCGGGCAUUGACCCACGGGUCUUUCCCUCGUUGUCGAAACUCCUGGCGUCGCUGGCGACUGUGACGGCGGUGGCGGAGGCGGCUCUGGAGCGGGCGGGGAACGCAUCCACGCAGGGCUUGCUGGAGAUGUACGCGCGCUUGCAGCAGUACCGCGGCGUCUCCUCCGGACUGCCCCCCGGCGCCGCCGCCGCCUCCGAAGCCACCAGCCGAGUCGUCUCAGCCAUUGAGGCGCUGUCGUCGGCGCCGCGCAACGGCCGGCCGCCGGCGGCGGUGGCGGCUGACGCGGCGGCCGCCAUUGCGCUGCUGCGGGCGCUGCCGGGGGGGGCUCCGCUGGAGCUGUGGGCCAAGAUGUCUCGAGCAGCGGCGGAUGCAGGCUGCAUGCCCGCUGCGCUCGAGUGCUCCGCGGAGGCGCUCGCCUCGCUGGGCGGCCCCCCGCCCUCCCCCUCCGACCUGCCCGCCCCCCUGGAGGUGCUCAGCCUGGAGUCGCCCGCAGACAUGCCCGAGGUGACUCCCGCCGCCUGGUUCUGGGCCUCCGUGGCUCUGUCGGUGCGGGCGGGGGCGCUGAUGACGCUGGUGGACCUGGGGGCGCAGGGUGCCGCCACUGCGCUGACGGUGCGGCGGGAGGCGCUGCUGCAUGCGGCGCAGGCGGCCCGGUGUGCGGCUUUCGUGAACAAGUCGGACCUGUGCGAGAGCGCCUGCCGGCUGGUGUGGAACGCCUGUCUGCCCUUCACCUCCAAGCCGCUGCUGCGAGCCGCGCUCAUCCGCCCGCUGCGCACCGCCUGUGAGGCGCUGAACCGAGUGGGCGCGGUGGACAAGGGGUUCCAGGUCCGCCUCAACUGCCUGCUAGUCGAAGCCCUGGCGGCCGCCCGGCGCUGGGGCGACGCAGUGGGCGCAUGCGACGCGGCGGGCCGCUGCAUCCGGCCUCGCAGCCUGCUGCGGCCGCUGCUGGGAUGGAAGGCGGCGUGUCUGGCCAUGCUUGGGCGCAACGUGAAUGCGGAGAUGACGAAGGUCAAGGAGCACCCGCCGGAGACGCAGGCCUACGCCUGGUCGGUGCUGUCCCACCACUCCGCAGCUCGCUACGACCAGGUGGCGGCAUUCAGGGCAGCGGCGGCGGCGGUGGGGGAUGCGGGCUGGCUCAAGGCGGUGGCGCUGGCGGGCUACGCGGAGUGGCUGCUAAGCAGCUCGGACGACAAGGAGGCGGCGGAGGAUGCGCUGCUGGCGGCCGCGGAUGCGCUGCUGGAGUUCGACACGGGGGACCUUGACGGCGACGACAAGGAGGAGGAGGACACCGACCCCGUCAAGGUCUCCCCAACCGGCCGCUCCCGCGCCGCCAACUCCUCCCGCAGUGCCUCCUUCCGCCGUGCCCUCUCCCGCAACUACAGCCGAGCCGCGUCCUUUGACAACGGCA